CAGCCUGGUGCGCAACACGUGAACGCUGAAAUUAUCAACGCAGGACCGUCCAUCGUCGGCAGCCUUGGUGCAGCACCCGCCCCGUCCGGGAUAAUUUCACCGACACUUAACCCCGGAAGUAGCUCCGGGGGCGCGGCAAGCGUCACUCCUUCCGCGGUGUUUGGUGAGAGCAGUACUGUUCUUGCUUCGUCCGGUGGUGGCGGAGGAGGUGGCGUUGCUUCCUCCAGUAUCGGGGGUGGUGGCGCAUCGAGUGCGAGUGCGGGUUCUGCUGCAGCUCCUGCUCCAGGCGGUGCUAGCAACGCCUUUCAUCCAGCACAAGAAGCGCAGACACCCUUAGGUCCGGCGUGGUGGAUGACGGCCAAGAUCGUUCCCGCGAUGAAUCCCUUGCACGGUGUUUGGCCAGCAGUCCUUCGCAGGCUCCUGAAGGAAGGCGCGGCAGAGCCGGUAGUUUUGCAAGCGCUGCAGCGGCACCUUCGAGACGCUUUGGAGUUGUCGGAGCUGAGCAACCUCUUCGAGGAUCGGCAUGAUCUACGCCUGUUAGCCACGGCAGACUAUGAGUGGAACAACCCGCAUAGUCAGCGUCAGGAAGAGUUUCGGCGCGAUUUUAAGGAAAAGCUUUUGGACAAAAGUGCCUCGGCCGUCCGCGGUUUGGUUAAAGCGAUCUACCACAAUAUUCGAAAAGAAAAUUCGUUCUUCCGCGAGCACGCCGGUGGUAGAGUGGUGGAUGAGUGCCUCAGUGUGUUGCAAGAAAAGCCUUCUAGCACACCGACGCGAGCAACCGGUUCGGAUGCAAGUGCAACUGAGAGGGAAAGAAGUGUACAUGCAGCUCAAAAUGCCGAAACAAGUAGCAGUUCCUCUUCUUCUCCUCCUCGAAGUGCAGCGCAGCUCAACGGGGCGCCCGCCGCGUCAGAAGAUGGAACGCGACCAGGUGCUACGGAAUCACUUUUGCUGGAGCCUGCGCUAUUGCCCAACCCGCGGAACCUCUUCGAUGGGCGACAGAUACUGCCCAAAACCAGGUUUCGAGCUAGUCGCGCAGAAGAGAGAGCCGCCCUCGAGGAGUUUUACACCAGACCGGACUCCGCUCUUGAGAAUCUGUCUGUCUUCAGAACAGGGUGGCACAAAGAAACAAAGAAGUGGGUUCUUCGACAAGCAGUGCGCAAGAUGGUCCAAAUUAUCGCAGGUGUGCGCGCGAUCGUCGCCGGGUGGGUAAGUCCGAUAAAUCUGUUAUCAGCAGCGAGUGCACCGCGGUCAUAUGCAGCAGCCGAGGCGGAUCCAGUCGCGCUGGCAUUCUUUCUUUUCGGGUGCCCGAUUCCAGAAGAACUCGCGCGAAUAGAAGACCCGGUAUAUCUCGACGACCAGAACACUAGCGGAGAGGAGGAGGAGGAGGACGAAGAUGCCACGCAUUCUUCCCAACCGCAACGACCGGACAGGGUGGCAGUUGUCAAAAACAAAUUCAUGGAAACGGACACUGCCACGCAUCCAGCAUGGGAACUACCGCCCGUGAACGAGUUUGACGAGGACGCCUCUGAAGACAAGCACGCUUGCGCGGACCUUUACCACUACAAUGCGCCGUCGCACCAUCGUUCAAUAUUACAUUUCCCCGAUGCGCCCGAUUGGACGCAGCGAGCGUCGGCCCUCCAUCCGACUGUCGUCCGACACGGAAGGUGUACAGUUUUGAAGAGGGAAAACCGAGGAAACGCUUUUUUCUUAAACCUUGACGGUGGUGCAGAUGACGAUGGUGAUCGCGGCGGAGGUGGCAGUUCUCGGCGUGGCGGAAGUAGAGCAAACCACUUCAGAUAUGCUGAGGUGGGAACAACGACAACGACAACCUGGACGAGUCACGGGAAUGAGACGAGAGAGGCCACCGCCGCGGAAUUUCAGGCGAGCCUCGCGUCGUGGGUGGUCUUCCACUACCAGGGAGCGCACUGGUGGACCGACGGCAUGGCGGCGCGGACGAAUAUCAUUCCGGCGAUGAAUCCCGAACGCGGCCUCUGGCCCGCAAUCUUCCGAGUCCUGUGCAACCACUCCCCAAGCGCCAUGAGAGCGUAUUUGGAAGUUGCGCGCGACAGCCUCGCAACAAGUAAUAGUCCGGGACGGAGUGCUCCUGCCCGCGGAGAUGCAGCUCCAGCAGUGGGGGUGAGUCCUUCAUCCCUCUUGGCGACGGACGCAGAAGUGGCAGAAGCGCUUCGCGCAGCUCUCGACGGGGACUCUGCUGCACGCAACAAUUCUAGUAGUACGCAAAAUGUUGACGAGAAUGAUCGCGGAGGGGCCUUUGUUGGUAGAGGAACAACUUCCACGGUGAAUCAUCAGCAGGAAGUAGUAGAAGGACCGCAACCUACCACGUCACAGGCGCCGUCGGCAGGAUCCUCUUCUACAACGCCAUACAUCAACCGACAGACUAGAAUAGGGCAGCCUUUUUGCACUGCCGUCGCACGCGAGGUGCUGUCCGACGUUAGGGUGGUCCGGACACUUUAUCAAAAGGAAAAAUCCCCCCUCACCAUAUCGAAACCGAAAUUUGUGAUGCUGUAUUUCAGUACACAAAUCGACUUAUAUUGCUAGAAGGCCAAAAGACGCAGCUGCGGCAUUAAUUGCAGGCGAUUUGUCAUGCUGUUUCCCAUUUCCAGCUGCCUCCUGUCAUCCUGAAGAUGCAAGGCUUUCCUACGCCACCCAGCACUACAGUCCGCUUCUUUUGCCUUCUAGCAUGACAACAUGAUUUGUGGUCACAAAUCAUGCUACACAAAUCUCCGUUCCAGUACGGGGAGGGGGGAUUUUUCCUCUUAAUACACUUGUGCGGCACGUGUACCAGCGGAUCGCAAAGCAUGCCCUCCUCGGGCGUAUCAAAUGUAAAAAUGUCUGGGUCUGGAAGAAUGCAAUUUGUCAUGCUAAAUCUGAAGCAUGCAAAAAUCUGUGUUGCAUGAUUACCAAAAGUCGUCCAGUUUUGACCAAGUCGGGAGGCAGUUUCUCAUGCAGGAUAGGCAUGGGAAAGAUCGCACAGAAUCUGUCAUGCUAUGUCCUGUAUUCCAGACCUCAUGGGUCAUGGAAAUUCUGCAUGACAAAUCGAUGAAAAUGGCUAAAAAGGGCUUCGUCGAUCGAUUGUGCCACUAGGGCCUUGUGUUCCGGCUAUUCCGGAUCGCAAUCGAUGGAGGGCGGGACCUGCACCGGCGACAGGCGCUACCCAACCAACCAACCCAAUCGCGCAUUCUUCCAGACCCAGACAUUUUUACAUUUGAUAGGGCGCCACUCGCAGCAAUGUCUAGCUAACGCCACGCAUUUCCCAGGGAGCGCCAGGGCAGAAGCGCUGAGAACAAGAAUGGUUGACGUCGGACCAGAAGAGAAACAUCGGUGGCAGCUGGAGAUCUGGGAGCCGCCGCUCCUACCCAACGAGAGAAAUCUGUACAAAUUGAACAACAACGAGAUGCCCUGGAUAUAUCAAAUGAAAAAGAGCCCUGGCCCCAGCAGCAAGUUUCAUAUCGCUCCUGUAUUUGCAUUUUUUUACAAACUUUCCGAGCGAAAUCAGAAAUUUCCUUUCUGGCAUGAAAGCACUGCGGACCAUUCUUAAUCGAGAAUGUAGCUCUGCGAAAAUGCAGCCUUGAGAUGAUAAGGACAAAUGCCGCUUUAUUUGCUGGGCCUCAAGUUUGCAACGCGAAUGCUCGUUCUGCACCUGCCCUGCAAAUUUCAAUAUUUUUCAUCCGUAAGGAAGUUUUGCAAGAAGACAGAUACUUCUUGUCGCCUUUCUGGGAUGGAAGGGGCGCUUUUCAUCUCGAUAACCAGGAGGCGGAGUAUCGUGGUAGUGACCUCUACCUCAAAGCACCUGUCUACUCCUUCGAGACCGUGCAGAGCAAUCUGGAGAAGUUCUACAAAGGGGAACUCCCUAAGCAAGUAGACGAGCAAGAAUUCGAGGUCUCUCUUGGUCCCAUCUUGCGAGUGGAUCCGGACGGAAGAGUCACCGAAGGAAGUUUGGCUACUGGAUCUAGGCCGCUUCCUUAUCAAAUGCAAAAUAUGUUUGGCUUUGGAAGACUGCCGAAGUUUGUCGUGCGGUUGUUCUUGCAGGAACCUUAACCUACUACUGGUACUACCAGCCAGACGACCCAAAGGGGGCGGCUUCUGCAUCUGCUAUUCAUGCAAUUCAGCAAUAGAGAUUUUUGACAUUUGGUGUCUAACAGCACACGUAGCAUCACAAACUCAGACUCUUCCACGCCCACACAUAUUUGCAACGCAUAUUCCUCGUGGCAUUGCGAUAGACGUGAAGUCUGCUGCAGUUGGAGCUGCCAUGGAUACUCUCGAUCACGUUCGAACCGUCAUAGCGCAAGUUGCGACGCUUUUGGGCCGAUUUUCAUCUCAACAAGAUUCCGGGUCCACAACGCCGUCCACCUCCGCCGCUGAUCAACAAGCAAAUCUGGUGUAUUGGGCCUUCUUCGUGCUCGGCUGCCCUGGACACCCGCCGACCAGGUUCAUUGCCGCGUGGCCAAAGGAUGACAACGGCAGGACAAUGGAGAGCCAUGAAAUCGCGUGUAAGAAGCAUCCCUUCUUGAACGCUCGCAUUGCCGGCCACUCCGACCCGGAACCCGCGCUCCAAACGCCACCAGGGCGCUAUCUGUGCACUACCUUGUUAAAGUUCGGACGGUCCAGUCCGGUACCACUAUGGGAGACGGACACAGUGACUGUGACGUUAAGGCAGCAAGGUGUCAUCGAAAAAUUCCUGGAUGAAGUUGUGAAUGGCCGCGAGGAAGGUCUUGGACUUGGACACGCGCCGUCUCUCGCGGUCUUUCUACAGUGGUGGAGCGAAAAAUUCAACAGACACGCACAAGAAUACUAAAAAGUAAGUAGCUCUCACGCCCGUUGCAUCCUCGACAAGAUUGAAAAAUAAUGAUCGGGCUGUACUUCUGUAUUGUAGAGCUAGACAAAAGGCGCAACGGCCGGACCACCGAUCCUGAAUCUGAAACAGCG